CGGCUGCCAUGAUCUUUGGCAUUUGGCCCUUUAGCUGCCUACUGGCGGGCAGAGAGGGGCGGUGCCGGCCCGCCCCCUGUGACUACCGGUGGGUGAGGAGGCUCCGUCACUCCUCGCAGGGAUGGAGGUGUUAGGCGAGCAGCAGCAUGCUCUCACUUACUGACAGCGGGGAAAACCAACAAUGAGAGAAAUAUUUGGAGCUCGACAGAAUUGCGCCAUGCGCCGAGCGGGGUGUUGGUAGUGUGGCUGUCCCGCGAUGAGCCGCCGACCUCCGGACCGGGACAUGAGGGCAGCCUGGAUCCUGACCGUGAGCCUCAUCACCGCGCAGACUGCCGGAGGAUCCCCGCUGUUGUCCGACCCGGGGGUUUUUCUUGAAAAGUACGGCUACCUCCGUCCGGACCACCAUAUCCACAAUGCAGUAGAGAUGCAGUCAGCUGUCAGUGAGUUCCAGUGGUUGUCCCGGCUUCCUGUCACAGGCGAGCUGGACGUCGCCACCCUGAGGCAGAUGGCGGAGCCCCGCUGUGGCGUGUCGGAUGAGGGCAGCCAGAAGAUCUGGGCGCAGAGAGUAAACGCCGUCUUCACUGGAAAGCGUGCCGCCAUCAGAGGACCACAGCGCCGCAGGAGGAGCUCUGCUGGUCAAGGUGAAAAGUGGUUCAAACGUCAUCUGACCUACCAGAUAGUGAACUGGCCUCGCCAUCUGUCUCUGGGCUCUGUGCGGCUGGCAGUGCGCGCUGCCUUCCAGCUGUGGAGCAACGUGUCGGGCCUGGUGUUCCAGGAGGCCCACAAAGACCCCGCAGACAUCCGGCUGGCGUUUUACGAAGGAGACCACAACGACGGGGCCAGCAAUGCCUUCGACGGACCAGGAGGAACUCUGGCUCACGCCUUCCUGCCUCGUCGGGGGGAAGCCCACUUCGACAUGGCGGAGAGGUGGACGCUGAAUGGACACAAGGGACACAAUCUGUUCAUGGUGACCGCCCACGAGAUCGGACACACGCUGGGACUGGAGCACUCCCCGAUCCGCCACGCCUUAAUGUCGCCGUACUACAGGAAGCUCGGCCGCAGCCUGGUGCUGAGCUGGGAUGACAUCAUCGCUGUGCAGCAGCUGUACGGUAAGCCCUCAGGUGAUCGCCCUGUCAGACUGCCAGGCCAGGUUUUGCACGCCGCUCUGCAGGAGUGGGAGUUCACAGAGCUUCACGGCGGGCAUCAGACCGCAGGGCAGCCUCUCUACUGCCAGGGUGUCUUUGAUGCCAUCACUAUUGACCACAAUGGGACAGUGUUGGUGUUUCGGGGCGGUGUGUACUGGACGGUCUCGUCUGAAGGCGGUGUGAGCGGCCCGCUGCCUCUCCGCCAGCGCUGGUCCGACCUCCCCCCGGCCAUUGAGGCUGCUGCCUUCUCCCCGCUCGACUCCAAGUGGUAUUUCUUUAAAGGGAAGCGGAUGUGGCGCUAUACAGACAGUGUGCUGGACCCCGGCUUCCCCAAGAGGACCAGUGAUUUGGGGCUGCCUCACCACCCUGACUGCGCCUUUUACUACGCCCCUCUGGGUCACAUGGUCCUCUUUAAGGGCUCCCGGUACUCAGUGCUUAACCUCAAAACUCUGCACCAAGAGCCUUACUACCCCCGCAGGCUGAAAGACUGGAGUGGGGUCCCACAGGGGACCAAUGGGGCGCUGACCCGACCCGACGGACGCCUCUACCUGUUCAGAGAGCAGCGCUUCUGGAGGUUUGACCCGGUGAAGGUGCGCGUCACCAAGGAAGGCCAGUGGGCCAAGGAUCUGAGCUGGACUGGUUGCAGCAACGCUCCUCAGAGCAACAGCAUUCUUUGACCAGCAGAGGGAGCUGUGGGCUUUCAGAUGAAGUGCAAUUUGUUCAGAACACUUUGAUGUAAAGGUGAUAUUCGCUUUCACCACAAAACCUACAUUGCGUUUAAAUACAGCCGCGGAAAAAAUUAAUAGACCACUUCAGCAUUAUCAGUUUCCCUUGUUUUAUUUUUUAUAUGUACGUCUUUUGAGUUAAAGGAUUUUUGUUUUUUAUUGUAUUCUAUAACAUACUGGACAUUUUUCUCAACACACACUGUAAAGACUGCCAUACAUGUAGAUACAGAUUUAAGAACAAAUUGGAGCGAUUUCUUAAUGUUUUCCGUGGCUGUAUGUUGUUCAAAAUCAUAUCAUGAAGGGAUUAAACAAAACUAAUUCCCAUUGGUUUAUACAUUUUGAAGCAGAAAGUAUUUAUACUGCAGUGCAACAGCCAUACUGUACAUAGCUGUUAAACACAUCCUCAUGCAUACAGGUUGUAAGUAUGCUUUAAAAAACACCUUCUUUAUCUUGUAGCCUUUGCACACCGACAGAAAUAUUAAAAUAUUUGUGUUUUUUUUAUCAUUUCUUCUGCAAUGUCACUAACAUAUAUAACAUAUUGUAUAAAUGACUGAUACUUA